GCACAUCUUGAACGCGGAGCCCCGACAGGAUUUAGCCCUCAACUACAUGCGAGCGCACACCGACUCCCGCGCGGUGUGGUGACCUGAUGUGUUAGCCGAGAUUGGAGAAAGGACAGAGCGAGUGACCAUCAUGGCAGCGUCGGAGCUGUACACAAAGUUUGCUCGGGUUUGGAUUCCCGAUGCAGAAGAGGUUUGGAAGUCCGCUGAGCUAACGAAGGACUACAAAAAUGGGGAUGGCUCAUUGCAACUCACACUGGAGGAUGGAACGAGCAUUGACCACAUGCUGGAUCCCAAGACAAAGAACCUGCCUUACCUGCGCAACCCCGACAUCCUGGUGGGUGAGAACGACCUUACGGCGCUCAGUUACCUCCAUGAACCAGCCGUGCUGCACAACCUCAAAGUUCGCUUCAUUGACUCAAAGCUCAUCUACACUUACUGCGGGAUUGUGCUGGUGGCCAUCAACCCCUACGAGACCCUGCCCAUCUAUGGAACAGACAUCAUCAAUGCUUACAGCGGUCAGAAUAUGGGCGACAUGGAUCCACAUAUCUUCGCAGUAGCAGAGGAAGCUUACAAACAGAUGGCCAGGGAUUUGAGGAACCAGUCUAUCAUAGUGAGCGGCGAGUCCGGGGCAGGGAAGACGGUGUCGGCCAAGUAUGCCAUGAGGUACUUCGCCACGGUCAGCGGCUCAGCGAGCGAGGCUAACGUGGAGGAGAAGGUGCUGGCUUCCAACCCUAUCAUGGAGGCCAUCGGCAAUGCUAAGACCACCAGGAAUGACAACAGCAGUCGCUUUGGGAAAUACAUUGAAAUCGGCUUCGACAAGCGUUACCGCAUUAUUGGGGCCAACAUGAGGACAUACCUGCUGGAGAAAUCGCGAGUGGUGUUCCAGGCGGACGAGGAGAGGAACUACCACAUCUUCUACCAGCUGUGUGCAUCGUCUCAUCUGCCUGAACUCAAGACUCUGAGGCUGGGUAACGCAAAUGACUUCCUGUACACCAGGCAGGGCCGCAGUCCCGUCAUCGACGGCGUCGACGACACCAAGGAGUUCAGCAACACACGCAAUGCUUUCACACUACUGGGGAUUAAUGAGUCGUAUCAGAUUGGGUUGUUCCAGGUGUUGGCUGCUGUUCUUCAUUUGGGCAAUGUGGAGAUCAAGGACAGAGAUUCAGACAGCAGCAUCAUUGCUCCCAACAACAGCCACCUAACGGCAUUCUGUGAGCUGGUUGGUGUGACCUACCAGGACAUGUCCCAUUGGCUGUGUCACAGGAAGCUGAAGACAGCCGCUGAGACCUACAUCAAACCGAUUCCCCGUCUCCAGGCAACCAAUGCUCGCGAUGCGCUGGCCAAACAUAUCUACGCUAAGCUGUUCAACUGGAUAGUGGAGCACGUCAACAAGGCACUGGUCACCAACGUUGAACAGAAUUCCUUUAUCGGGGUCCUCGAUAUUUAUGGGUUUGAGACAUUUGACAUCAAUAGUUUUGAGCAGUUCUGUAUCAACUAUGCCAAUGAGAAACUCCAACAGCAGUUCAAUAUGCAUGUGUUCAAGCUGGAACAGGAAGAAUACAUGAGGGAGCAGAUUCCCUGGACUCUAAUUGACUUCUAUGAUAACCAGCCAUGCAUCAACCUCAUAGAGGCCAAGAUGGGCGUCUUAGACCUGCUUGAUGAGGAGUGCAAGAUGCCUAAAGGCUCAGAUGAUUCCUGGGCUCAGAAGCUGUAUAACACCCACCUGAAAACCUGUUCCCUGUUUGAGAAGCCACGCUUGUCCAACCGGGCUUUCAUCAUCCAGCAUUUUGCUGACAAGGUAGAAUACCAGUGUGAUGGUUUCUUGGAGAAGAACAAGGACACAGUAAAUGAGGAGCAAAUUAAUGUAUUGCGAGCCAGCAAGUUUGACCUGCUGGUAGAGCUGUUCCAUGAUGAAGAGAGAGCCUCCAGCCCCGGUGGCCAGGCUCAUGGUGCUGGAGGACGCACCCGCCUCAGUGUCAAACCUGCCAAAAGCCGGACUGGCACUUCCAGCAAGGAUCACAAGAAAACGGUUGGCUGCCAGUUCCGCAACUCUCUGCAGAUGCUAAUGGAAACUCUGAACGCCACCACUCCUCAUUACGUCAGAUGUAUCAAACCCAAUGACUUCAAGUUGCCGUUCUCAUUUGAUCCCAAGCGUGCGGUACAGCAGCUGAGAGCCUGUGGUGUCCUGGAAACCAUCCGCAUCUCAGCCGCAGGCUUCCCAUCCAGGUGGACCUACCAGGAGUUCUUCAGCCGUUACAGAGUGCUGAUGAAGCAGAAGGAUGUUCUUCCUGACAAGAAGAUAACCUGCAAGAAUGUACUAGAAAGACUUGUUCAGGACCAGGAUAAGUAUCAGUUUGGUAAAACCAAAAUAUUCUUCCGGGCCGGCCAGGUUGCUUACCUGGAAAAGCUGAGGGCAGACAAGCUGCGUGCUGCCUGUAUACGCAUUCAGAAGACCAUCCGCUGCUGGUUGGCACGCAAGAAGUACCUCCGCAAGCGCCAUGCUGCUAUCACCAUGCAGAGGAUUGUCAGGGGAUAUCAGGCACGCUGCCUGGCCACAUUUUUGCGCCGUACCAAGGCAGUCAUCACCUUGCAGAAGUACAGGAGGAUGUAUGUGGAGAGGAAGUGCUACAAGCAGAAGCAGGCUGCAGCUCUGGCCAUGCAGACAAUCCUCAGGGCAUACAUGGCCCGGCAGAAAUACCAGACGUUGCUACGAGAGCACAAGGCGCUGGUCAUUCAGAAGCAUGUGCGUGGCUGGCUGGCGCGGCAGUGGUACAAGCGCUGCCUGCGCUCCAUCGUCUACCUUCAGUGUUGUGUCCGGAGGAUGAGGGCCAAGCGUGAGCUGAAGAAGCUGAAAAUUGAGGCGCGCUCGGUGGAGCAUUUCAAGAAGCUCAACAUCGGCAUGGAGAACAAGAUCAUGCAGCUGCAGAGGAAGGUCGACGAGCAGAACAAGGAGAACCGUGUGAUCAGCGAGAGGCUGUCAGGUCUGGAGAGCAGCCACACAGUGGAGAGCGAGCGUAUGCGCAGCGAGCUGACGCGUCUGCGCGGGGCAGAGGAGGAGGCCAGGAACAACGCCAAUCGUGUGGUCUCCCUGCAGGAGGAGCUGGAGAGGCUGAGGAGGGAGCUGAACACCACACAGGAAGAGAAGAGGACCAUAGAGGAGUGGGCACAGACGUACAGGGAUGAGAUGGAGAAGAUGGUAGCAGAGCUGAAGGACCAGAAUGGUCUGCUGAAGUCAGAGAAGGAGGGCUUGAACAGGCUGAUUCAGGAACAGAGUCAGCAGAUGACAGAGAAAAUGGCACGUGCAAUUGCGGAGGAGACUCAGCAGUUGGAGACCGAUCUGAACGAGGAGCGAUCGCGCUACCAGAAUCUUUUGACAGAACACCGACGCCUCGAGGAGAAAUACGACGACCUGAAGGAAGAUAUUGCACUUUCUUCGAACGCCCCCAAGCCUGGCCACAGGAGAACCGACUCCACACACAGCAGCAACGAAUCAGAAUACACCUACAACUCCGAAUACACCGAAAUGGAGGAAGGCGCCCACCCAGGCGAGGACGUAACGCGUGGAAUAGACACUUCUCUGACCCUCAAGCUGCAGAAGAGACUAAUGGAAUUAGAGCAAGAAAAGCAGUCUCUUCGCGACGAACUGGAAAACAGAGAAGAGCAGUUCCAGCGGGCUAGGGCCAGGGAUGUUGCAGAGCAUAAGAAAGCCCGUGGCGCAGAGUUGGAGUAUGAAUCCCUGAAGCGUCAGGAGCUGGAGUCGGAGAACAAGAAACUCAGGCAUGAUUUGACGGAGAUGAGGCAAAGCCUGCUGGGUAACGUAGCUGCAGGCGCCGGGGCCCCAGGCUCUCCAGCUUACAAGGUGCUCUUGGACCAGCUCAAUGCCUCCUGUGAGGAGUUGGAGGUGCGCAAGGAGGAGGUGCUCAUCCUGCGUUCGCAGCUGGUCAGCCAGAAAGAGGCCCUCCACAAGGAUGAGAAGGAGACCAUGACAGAGCCUUCUCACUAUGUUGAGGAUGUGUCCAAACUGAAGGAUACAGAUGAAAUCAAGCAAGCUUACGUAGGCCUCAAAGAGACAAACAGAUCCCCUAUCCCAGACUUCCAUGAGCUGAAUGAGGACGGAGAGCUGUGGCUGGUGUAUGAAGGGUUAAAGGAGACCAACAGGUUGCUGGAGUCCCAGCUGCAGACGCAGCAGCGUAGCUAUGACAACGAGGUAGAGUCUCUGCGCGGGGAGCUGCAGAACGUGAAGGAAGAGAACAACCGCCAGCAGCAGCUGUUGGCCCAGAACCUUCAGCUGCCCCCGGAGGCCCGGAUAGAAGCCAGCCUGCAGCAUGAGAUCACCAGGCUCACCAACGAGAACCUGGAAAUCUUGGCUCAAGACCCCACAGCAUCCAGAGAGGCGCGAGUCAUCAUUUUGCGGCGGAUGGUUGAUCUAAUGGAGCAGUUGGAGAAACAGGACAAAACCAUUCGGAAGCUGAAGAAGCAACUGAAGGUGUACUCCAAGAGGAUUGGCGAGAUGGGCGCAGCUCAGACAGAGGGUCAAACAUCCCCGGGUCAGUUGGUGGAUGAGCCCAUCCGCCCAGUCAACAUCCCCCGCAGGGAGAAGGACUUCCAGGGCAUGCUGGAGUACAAGAGGGAGGAUGAGCUCAGACUGGUCAAGAACCUCAUCCUAGAGCUGAAGCCUCGCGGAGUAGCAGUGAAUCUGAUCCCAGGUCUGCCAGCCUACAUCCUGUUCAUGUGUCUCAGGCAUGCGGACUAUGUCAAUGAUGACCAGAAGGUCCGAACUCUGCUAACCUCAAUCAUCAACACCAUCAAGAAGAUCCUGAAGAAACGUGGAGAUGACUUCGAAACGGUCUCCUUCUGGUUGUCAAACACCUGCCGCUUCUUACACUGUCUGAAACAGUACAGCGGAGAUGAUGCCUUCAUGAAACACAAUACUACCAGGCAGAAUGAACAUUCUCUCUCCAAUUUCGACUUGGCGGAGUAUAGGCAGGUCAUCAGUGACCUUGCCAUUCAGAUCUACCAACAGCUCAUCAAAUGUAUGGAAAACAUCCUGCAGCCCAUGAUAGUCUCUGGCAUGCUCGAACACGAGACCAUCCAGGGUGUGUCAGGGGUCAAGCCCACUGGCCUGCGUAAACGGACUUCCAGCAUCGCAGACGAAGGCACCUACACCCUGGACUCCAUUAUACGGCAGCUCAACGCCUUCCACUCGACCAUGUGCCAGCAUGGCACCGACCCUGAGCUCAUCAAACAGGUGGUGAAGCAGCAGUUCUACAUUGUCGGAGCCGUCACCCUCAACAACCUGCUGCUGCGCAAGGACAUGUGCUCCUGGAGCAAGGGCAUGCAGAUCAGGUACAAUGUAAGCCAACUGGAGGAGUGGCUGAGAGACAAGACUCUGAUGCAUUGCGGAGCCAAGGAGACUCUGGAGCCUCUGAUCCAGGCUGCUCAGCUACUGCAGGUUAAGAAGAAGGCCGACGAGGACGCUGAAGCCAUCUGCUCCAUGUGUCACUCCCUUACCACUGCUCAGAUUGUGAAGGUCCUGAACCUCUACACUCCAGUCAAUGAAUUUGAAGAGAGGGUGUCAGUAACAUUCAUACGAACUAUACAGACUCGUUUGCGAGACCGUUGCGAGUCUCCCCAGCUGUUGAUGGACACAAAAAUGAUCUAUCCAGUAACCUUCCCUUUCAACCCGUCCUCUGUGGCCCUGGAGACCAUCCAGAUCCCCAGCUCCCUCAACCUGGGUUUCCUUACCCGUGUUUAAACCUGGACACAAACACACACCCAGACAAAUGCACACCCACACACACAGAAUCACCUUUACACACUCAACACAGAGUUAGACACGCUGGUACGAUCAUGUGCUGAAUUUCUAGCACGCAUCCACAACACAAUACAUACCUCCCCUGACCUUCAAUGCUUGCAUACAUGCUCAUGGGCCGCUCUCUCACAAAUGCAGAUACACUAAAACACAAGGUACCGCCAAACAUUCGCCACUUGUAUAAUCGCCUGCUUCUUAGGGAAGCCACAGGACCAGAUCAAGCCCUCCCAUAACACACUUUCAGGUUGGCCACGGCUCUUCCCUUAGAUACAACCUCCCGCUCCCCUGUUUUGUUCCAACUAGCUGUUAGAUAGUUGUUCUUCUUGUCGUCCAAUUCUCUUCGGGGAAUGUACUGAUAUGCUAAAGCAGUGUUUCUCACCUGGCAGGUUGGGGCCAUAGAGGUGGGUUAUGAUACCUCAUAGAAGGGGUCAGGGAAAGUGUCGCACCUGGUAAUGAUGGGUCAUUUUUAAAUGGCUAUGGCAAACCCUGGGUCCCAUUAUAAAAGCCAGAGGAGUAACACAAAGCCAGCUCUCUCCAGUCCAUAUGGUGGUGACCAGGCUAGGCUCUACUCUCUAUAGAUAUUUAUGUUCUUGUCUCACUCUCUGAACGUAGUCAAGCCAAGACAGGACCCAUCAUGUGUACCGUAUUACUUAUACAUAUGAAGAUAUCUAUAAUCUAUAGAUAUUAUUAAUAUAUAUACUUAUAUAUAUCAUGUUAGGGUAUUCUAUUUAUGGCGUUUACCUACCACCCAACCCCAAACCCUUUUUUGCAGAGGAUGUGUGAGAUGUGAAGGAUGGGACCAUCAUUCCCCAAGCUUUUCAGCUGCAGAAGCUGAAUGGCUUUGUAAAGAUAGUUAGAUUCGGUCCCACGAUAGGCUGUUUAUGUCCAUAGCAGAUUUACAAUAAAGUAUAAUUUAA